UCUAAUAUGUUAAUCAUGCUAUCAGCAUUUUAUCAGGAUGUUCUUGACCUCAGAGGAAAGAUAAAAGUUAAGACAUGUUCUAGAGGCAUCACAUACACUGCUGCCUAUUCUCAAGACAAUAGUGCCAUGAUUUAUCUGCUGUGUACUCUGGUCUGCGCCAUACUGGUAUAUGUUGAGGCAGUAUUGCCUCAACUGCCUGACUGCCAGAGACUGGAAGACCACGUCCUUGACUCCGCCAACCCCAUCGAUGUCUUUGGUGCAAACCAGGAAAUAGGUCAAAGAGCAGUUCCCGUCAGGAACGCCAAUCUCCGCAGCCGCGGGCCCAUCCCCACUCACCACUUCGCCACCAGCCAGAUCAAAGUGAAGGACCGGCCCGAACCGCUGAGGAUUUUUCCGUAUGAAGCUCACCUGGACACUGCCGGCGUUGUCUACGAUGCCUACACCAUGGAGCGCUGGUACGACCCUAAACGCACAGAUGUGAUGGACCAGCAGUCUGCUUGGGAGGCCGGCCGGCCGUGGAACAAGCUUAAUGACAUGGGCACCAACCUCAAACAAAUGGUGUCCGGGCCCGAUGGCAAUCCACUUGGUGUUUUCACAGGUAAAUCCGGGGUGCGCCUGGGAAUGGCGGGCAGUGGUGAGCCCAUCAUGACUGAUUUUGGAGACCUGUACGCCAACUUCCUGUUUACUGGAGCUGGCGGCACCAUGGAGGUACCAGUUGUACGUGGCGCCACUUUGGUCACCCACAUCUACAAAAACGCGAACCCUGUUGUCAAGCCUUACUGCCUGUCGUCUGUCGCGGGCCAUGCUGCGCACUUUGAGUGUCCCGUGGAAGGAUCUGCUUCUGACGGCGGUUCGGGUUAUCUGGAGGGCUCGUGUCAAGGCUCCACAUUGAAGAUUUUGCUUCACAACUCCAAGGUGCUGCACGACUUCUCCAAUGUUCAGUGGGCAGCCUCGCCAUCUUCGAACUGGAACCGCGCCAUGCACAACUGCGAUGCAGCACACUGUCGUCUGACGGACGGCGGCAAGACCGUGGAGAUCACAGUCCCUAAUGCCAACGGGGAGAUGAGCUAUGCUGUCAACGUCAUCGGCAAGUACGUGCUUCCCAAUGACUGGGGCAACGCCCCCCAGAGGGCGCACUGCAACCGGCGGAGACGUGGCGUGGCGGACAUCUCUCUCUCCGCCACGUGCAGCAGCGACAGACGACUGACCAUCCAGAUCGACCUCGCUGACGUCACCAUCAAGAGCGUUGGCCAGAUCCAGUUUGCCGUGGAAAGCGCCUCACUGUGGACGAGUCAGUUCGUUCCCGGCAUGCACAAUUGUGAUGCAAGCACGUGUUCACAGCAAGGCAACCGUGUUACCAUCCACGCACAGGCUCCCAGUGCAGACUACAAACUGGCAGUCAACAUUAUAAGCGUUACAACACUUCCUCUCGAAAACUGGCUACAGGCUCCUUUCCAUGGCAAGUGCGAUGGCUCUACUGUCAGCAGCUCAGGUGGUACACACGUCACUUCCGCCCCUGGCAACCCAACUACUAGGCCGGGCGACACCCAACCCUUUGCUCUCAGCUCCAAUACUAAAUUUCUCUUGGAGCUUGACGAGCCGGGUGGUGCGCUGAGCGGACAAACGAGAAAAUUCAUCCUGUACUUCUCCAGCCCCGUGCGGGCCUCAGUGAACUCCGGCACCAGCGAAAUUUCCUUUGAGCCACAGUCGGGUGGCCGCUACUCGGGCCUUGUCCAGUUGGGGUACUUGGGAGUUGGACCAAAAGGGGAUACUUCUAAGAGCAACGCUCUGGACCAGUAUCAUGGCAUCUACUCCUACAAGCCCACAGUCAGUUCCUGUGUUAGUGACUCAAGAGCCAAAGCGUAUCUUAGCUUUGACUGGAACCCUGUGGACCAGAACGGCCACCCAACGUCCAGGCAGCUUCUGAUGGUCACCUUGCCUCAUCAGGAAUACAACAUGAGGAGUCAGUUCGCCAGCAACCUGCGGGACUCGGUCUUCGGCUUCCGCACGUACGAGGGCAACAGCUGGCUGCAGCAGUACGACGUGCCGCACACGCCGGUGGACCCCGACACGGCUGCCGUCAACCGCAUCAAGCAGAACGGCGCGCAGCUCAACGAUAUUAUCAGUGCCAUACAGCGAGACGCCGCCAACGUCAACCUGGACGCCGUGUGCGCUCACUCCGACAGCUACAACGCCGGCAAGGCCAUCGGCAUGGCAACUCGCCUGGCUUCCAUCUCCAGGGCGUUUGGAACAAGUCAUUUCCGUGAUUUGGACACAAUGAUCGGGCAAUGUUUGAGCAAGUGGCUCCGGGUGGAGGACACACUGGAUAACAUGUGGAAGUUUCACUACGACACUGUGUGGGGCGGACUUUUCUUGAGGGCCACCAACGGAGAUCUGGACUGGGGGGUCGACUAUGGCUUCCCCUACUAUAACGACCACCAUUUUCACCUGGGCUACUUCCUGUAUGCUAUGGCUUACUACGUCAAAUACCACCCAGGUUGGGGGGCAGACCACAAGGACAGGAUAUACCUGGUGGCUAGGGACGUGGGCAAUCCCAGCUGGCGCGACCCCCACUUCCCCGUGGUCCGGCACCAGGACAUCUACAACGGCUUUUCCUGGGCCUCGGGGCUGGGGCCCGGCGAGAGGCAGGAGGAGUCAGCUUCCGAAAGCAUCAACUGCUACCACGCUCUAGCGGCUCUCGGUGACGCGUUCAACGACCCGUAUCUGAAGCACGCAGGCCAACUACACCUGGCCAUGGAGAUUGCUUCAGUGCGAGAGUACUGGCAGGUGAGGGCGCACAACAGGAAUCAUUUCCCGCCGAUGCUCCAAAAAACUGGCGUGGUGGGACAAAUUGCUGAAGGGGCAUGGUACGUGUACACACUGGACUGGCCUUGUGAUCCCAACCGCUUCCCCAUGCGUCACGGGUGUCUGGUGGGCAUACAGGUCAUACCCAUCACGGCAGUGUCCAAGCACUGGGUGGACCAGGAAUGGGCGGGAAGCAUCAAGGAAAUAUGUGAGAUGGCCAUUAACCCACGUCUGGCUGCUGACUACUCCAAGGUGGAUCCCAACGACCACGACUUCCGGGAGCUGACCUCAGGUUGGCAGGCAUUUUGCUACGCCGCCAUGGCUCCCCUUGACGAGGCUCACAGGACGCGGGCGGCCGACUACCUGAGGACCAAGCGGCCGCAGGAUCUGGUGGCCGGGAGUGGUGCUGCCAGCACACUUCUCUUUAUCUAUGGCUCAACUUGAUAUGAAAGACAUAUAAAAUGAGUAAUGAUUUGUCCUAGUCA